AUGUGUGUGUUUAUAUAUAUAGCAAAAGCAGAGUUCGGACAAUGGUGUGUAGUCGAUUCACAGAUACCAGAUUAUGUGAUACAAGCAGCCUUAGACUGGGCUUGUCGACAAGGCGGAGUAGACUGCACUCAGAUUCAGCCUAACCAGCCUUGCUUUGAGCCCAACACUCUCAAGGACCAUGCCUCUUUUGUCUUCAAUAGUUAUUACCAGAUUUAUAAGCACAGGGGUGCUGAAUGUUACUUCAACAGCGCUGGAAUACUCACGCAGAACGACCCUAGUCACGGUUCAUGCCAUUUUGAGUAUACCAAAUGAUUCAAAGGAAAGGGCCAAGCUGCACAUGCAAGAUGAUGAGUGGAC